AUGGAGUCCAAUCUUCUAGAUAGCCUUCUCGAUCUUGAGGAGCAGUUUUAUAACGAAGGUUAUGAUCUUGGUGUCGCCGAUGGCGCCGAUGCUGGCUACACUGAAGGCAGCGUCUUCGCCGUCGAGAAGGGCUUCGAGAAAUUUGUGGAGAUGGGACGAUUGUACGGCAGGGCGCUAGUCUGGGCCCAACGACUAGCCGACUCCAGGCCAUUGGAGACAUCCGAGCAGCCAUUGAGCCAGCCGGUGGUGAGCGCCGAUGCCAUCCCUCUCGACCCAUCCGUGUGCAAAGAAAUGCCCAUACUUCCAGCGCACAGUGCGCGGGUGGCCAGAAACCUCUCCACCUUGUUGGAGCUUGUUGACCCAGCUUCUCUGGACAUGACCAACACGGAGGACGCUGUGAACGAUGCAGACGAGCGCCUGAAGGGUGCCGCAGUCAAAGCCAAGUUGAUCCAACGAGCAAUUGGCGAGGGGGAAGAGGGUUUGGAUGCUCGACCGGGUACAAAGGAAGGUCAAAAACCUGGAGAUGGAACUGGCAACAUUGAAGACAUUAGUUCGCUCAGCGUUCGUCACUGA